AGGUCUACUUUCCUUUUCCAUUUCCCGGUAUUUCCAACUAUGGCCAACAAAGAAAAAAUACAUUUUCACUCGUCAAAUUCAGUCAAGGCAAAGACAUUAAUUGUGUCUGAAAAUUGUACACGAGUAUGUACACUUGAAUUCAAGGAAAUGUGUUCAAUGUCAGCUUGAUGGGAUGGUCAUGUCAGCUAAUGAAACAUUAAACAAGAGCACGGUGAAACAAAACAAGCAUACCAUCUGCGGAAAUGUCCACGUGUGAUGUGGAAGAAUCGGUUUGUGAAGUCAGUGAUGCUUCCCAUAUCAUGGUUGGACCAAAGAACACUCUCAAUCACAGCCCAUGUUCCAUUGAUGUGGACUGUGUUGCUGAGUCACCAGAUGAUUGCUCUGAAUCUUCAGUGAAUCCGUUGCUGGGUGAAAGCGCAUCUUCCAAAGACACAGAGUGUAUUGACAUGAUAGACAAGGUUCAGAACGACACUGAAAUAAUUAUUGACGGUGCAUGUUCCACACAGGAGAGCCACGCGCCCGCAGAGAGCUUGGAUUUGGGAAGUGAGGCGUCUACCUGCGGGCUUGAUGAUGAGGAUGAAGAUGAGGAUGAUCAAGCUCAGGAGACUUCUAAUGGAGGCAACCUUUCCGUGACCAUGGUUGGACCGUCAAAUACCCUUAAUGUCAUGCUACCUCACGUCAAAAUCAGAAACGUCUGCAUGAAAGGGAAUACAAAAGUCAACAUUAAGUACAACAUUACUUCAGAACCCUCAACUGAAUCGCACAAAGAAAAACGGAAGCUCAGGAUAACUAUAGAUAUGGAAGGCGAUUCGUCGGCAAUGGAUGCCGUGUUUGCCAAUUAUCAUCGCCCUAGGACAAGACUCAAACAAAAUCUAGACAACCUUUUUGAUCGGUUAAACUACGCCAUUGACUUGAUAACACCAGGGUCCAUUGUAAUAGAGUUACGACCAACAACGAGUAAUUCUAUUCAUACACUGCUGGAAUCAAUUGAGAAUGGACAGUUUGAUAAUAUAGUCAAGGAACUAUUAAGCGAAGAGUCUGUCUUCAAGAUGAUUGCUGGUAAAGAGGUUACUGUUACUGUUGACUUGAGCAUUCCAGAGGAGCUGAUCCAGAAGGCUGGGACAUAUCUCACCGAUCCCAUUCCUGUAGAUCAGACUUGUGGAUUGUUAGAUGUGACUGUGAGAGUGCGAGAGGAGGGCAACGAGGGCAUCCAGAAGGCUGGGACAUCUCUCACCGAUCCCAUUCCUGUAGAUAAGACUUGUGGAUUGUCAGAUGUGACUGUGAGAGUGCGAGAGGAGGGCAACGGGGACAACGACAACAGCAGUCAAUCUUCAUCGGUUGAUCCUUCAGAUCCACAAGAGGUUGAAGAAGAUCUAUCCUCCAGUGUUGACCCAGUAUCAUCAGCAGAUUCCCAGGGUGGUGCAGCCUUCAGUAUGUCACGUUCAAGCCAAAUACAUGGUAGACCAGGAAGGCUGACUCUUUCUUCACUAAAGGGAUUGCAGGACUGUGAUCCAUCAGUAAUAAUAACACGCAUCAAUCAGGACGUAAGAGGUUUUAAAACUAUUUUGUCUAGAAAGGACCUGACGCCCAACGACUUUAAGCUGAUUGUGUCUGUCCUGAGUAAAGCAGUUCAUUGUGAAUCAAUGCCAGAGUGGAUCAAUGUCAUUCUCAGUACAGUUGUUAUUACCCCAUUCUUUCGGACAUCUUACACAAAUGUUCUGUCACAUCUGGACACUAAUGAUUCAAGACAAGUGACUUUGGAGAGUUUUCCAAUCUUCAGAGAGAUUUUGAAACGGAUGCCAUCUGAGGGAUGGCCUGUUCUGAACACUGUUGCUCUGCUAUCACGUGGCUUGAUGGUAAGAAAUGCCAUAAAAGAUGUUGAUGUCAUUAAAUGCGCAGAGGAAUUGGAUGAGCUUCUGCGGAUAACUAAACCAGAAACACCUGAAAUGAAUGUGUCGACUGGCAGGCAGGACAUGGAUGAGGAUGAAGAGCUUGGAACACCACCAGAAAGCUUCCGUGAACUUCCAGUGAUUCCGAGGAAGGAGGAACUCGAUGGAACUGAGGAGAUCUUCCUUCUGCGCAAUAAAGUUGGAACUAGAUUCAAAGAUCUGGAACACUAUCUUGAAUGCCAGUUCCGCCUCUUCAGAGCUGAUGUCAUUAUGCCUCUUAAGAAAAACAUUCAAGCAUUCAAAAGGGCCGACGCAGAUACUUUUACAGACUAUAGGACAUAUGCCGAUGUACACAUUUUGCGUCCUGUCUGUUCACCCAAUGGUCUUUGCCACAGGCUCGCUUUUUCUACCAGACAUCUGCAAAGGGUCAAAUGGGAAUCAAGUCAAAGAUUGAUCUAUGGCUCCCUACUGUGUUUGUCAUUAGAUAAAUUCACUGACGUUGUCCUUUUUGCAACUGUUGACAGUCGAGAUCCUGAAAGUCUAAAACAGGGAUUGGUUGAUGUGAGGUUUCUGUCAGAUUUACCAUAUUCCGCAUACAGAACAAGAGGAGCUCGCUUUGAUAUGGUAGAAUCACCAGCAUAUUUUGAAGCUUAUAAGGAUGUUUUGAUUUGUAUGAAAGACCUGACUGGAAAAAACCUACCUUUCCAGGAGUAUAUAGUGCAAUGUCAAAACAUUGUGAAGGAACCUCUCUAUCUGCAAAAACAAAGCCAAGCACUGUAUGAUCUUCAACCCCUUGUAGAUGAAACGUUCAAAGUCUCUGACAGAAGGGGAAAGCCACCACACUGAACAACUUUAAAAAAAUCAAAGUCUGCUCGAAAUGUAAAGAUUCAAGAUAAAAGUUCUUGGCCUCAGAUUGAUGGAUUAGAUGCUUCCCAGUUAAAAGCCCUACACAAUGCUCUGACAAGAGAGUUUGCCUUGAUACAGGGGCCUCCUGGAACUGGAAAAACUUACCUUGGCACACACAUUUUGAAGACUCUUCUACAUAACUCAGACGUCUGGCUUCGUGGGCAAAAACAUCUACCUGUUCUUGUUGUUUGUUACACCAAUCAUGCUUUGGACCAGUUUCUGGGAGGAAUGUUGAACGUUUUUGAGGGUAAACUUAUUCGCGUUGGAGGGCGUUUCACCACAGAACUGAUGCAGAAACACUCUCUUAAAAAUGCCAGGGACGGAGUAAAGAAACAGAAGGCAGUACCAUCUCAUAUCCAUGAAGCAAAAAAUGACAAUACUAAGAAAGAUGCAAUCUUUGAAGAGGACAAUUCAUUUAAGUGCAGCUAACUUGAAGUAGCCAAGCGAGAAAUUCUUCAUGAGAACAGUUUGAGAAGCUACAUGGACGAGAGGUUGAGAAGGCAAUUUCCACAAGAGGGUCUGUCACCAAGGGGGUCCAUCAUAAUGAAGUGGCUUGGUGUUGAUGCUGAUCUGGCCCAAACAGACAGGACUGGUGAUCAGAGUUACCGAACAGAAGAUGACAGCGAUGAAGAAGAUAGUGGUGACGAGGGGGCCAGUUUAACUGACUAUGACCUGCCAGGAAAUAGACGUCAUGGAGAAAUAGUUCAAGACUUACUACAACUAUUAGAUCUUGACUUCGACUUAGACACAGAAGACAUAUUGGAUGAGAAUGAACCACCUGAGACAGAAGAUCAAGUUUCACAGAAAUUUGUGGCCUUUAGUGUGACAAAACUAGGAGACGGCACAGUAUCCCGGUUUGACUCAGCACAAGGGAGAAGAAAGAAGAUAGAAACACUUCAAAAGAAAAGGAAGCUUCAACAAAGUCUGAUGAAUAAAAUCACGUCUCUUGACACAAUGACAACGGCUGGAGAAGCAAGUAUCAAUGACAUAUGGAAACUACCGUACAAAGACAGAUGGCGUCUGUAUCGGUAUUGGGUUGAUCAAUUUUGCGAACAGGCAUGGAAAGAAAUUACUCUGAAAGAGGGCGAAUAUGAAACCUGUUCUCUUCGAUUCCAAGAAAUUUUGUUGCAAGGGGAUAAGCUCAUAUUAGCAGAGGCAGACGUCAUUGGAAUGACCACAACAGCUGCGGCAAGGUAUCAAAAAAUACUGAAUGAGAUAGGACCUAAGCUAAUCAUCGUUGAAGAAGCCGCUGAAGUUCUUGAAGCUCAUGUUAUUGGUACUCUGAGUAAAGGAUGUGAACACCUUAUACUGAUUGGAGAUCACAAGCAACUUAGACCGAACCCCACGGUACAUGAACUUGCAAAGAAGUACAACCUUGAAAUUUCAUUGUUUGAAAGGAUGGUAAAAUCUGGUCUACACUGUGAUACUUUAGAAUGGCAGCAUAGAAUGCGCCCCGAGAUAGCUGAAGUAAUUCGGCCUAUAUACCCAAAGCUGAAGGACCAUGAUAUUGUGAAAGCAUAUGGCAAUGUGAAGGGAGUAAGCAGAAAUAUCUACUUCAUCGAACAUCAACAUCAGCACUCCUAUGAUGAGGAGACUAAAAGCUUUGAGAACUCUCAUGAAGCAGAAUACCUUGUUGGCCUCUGCAAGUACCUCUUAAAGCAAGGCUAUCAGAGGGAACAAAUCACCAUUCUCUCCACUUACUCAGCGCAAAUACGCCGUCUCAGAUUCACGAUGAAGAAGCAACAAAUAACAGGUGUGAGCGUUGUUGCAGUGGACAGUUAUCAAGGAGAGGAAAAUGACAUAGUUCUCUUGUCACUAGUAAGAAGUGGAAACAAACGCUCAAUAGGAUUUCUAAAAGAAGAGAACCGUGUCUGUGUUGCAUUGUCAAGAGCAAAGAUCGGUCUUUAUGUCAUUGGCAACUUUACACACAUUGCAGAACACAGUGACCUAUGGAAGGAAAUAUGCAAAAAGGCAAAGCUUUAUGAUUACCUUGGCCCUGCCUUACUACUGAGUUGUCAACGACACCCAGAUACGGCUUACAUUGAAGCUCUUGAUCCCACCGAUUUUUCAAGUGCUCCUGAAGGUGGAUGUGAUAGACAGUGCGAUUACCGUCUACCAUGUGGUCAUAUUUGCACAAAGUUGUGUCAUUCAAAUGAUCCCCAACACAUUGAAUUUCAAUGUUCAAAACCAUGUCAGAAACCAUGCAAGAAUGGGCAUUCAGUCUGCACACAGCCUUGCUACAAAUCGUGCACUCCAUGUGAAGUUCCUGUGCAGGUGAAACUACAAGCGUGUGGACACACACAGGAUGUUCCUUGUCAUAUUGAUGCUGGACGGUACCAGUGCCUUGAGCCUAUCACUGUGACUAAACCAUGUGGCCACCUUUCCUCCGUUGCUUGUGGAAGGAAAGAUACUGACGCAUGCAACAAUCCCUGUAAGGCCCAACUGACCUGUGGUCAUUUAUGCCAAGGCACAUGCGGAUCCUGUCACAACGGAAGGCUACACCAGCCAUGUACUGCGAAAUGCACGGAGAUCCUAAUAUGUGGUCAUGAAUGUCAGUCAACAUGCAACAGUUGUCCUCCAUGCGAGAAACCAUGUGAGAACAGAUGCAGUCACCGAAAAUGCACUUCAUCCUGUGGAGAUCCAUGUAUUCCCUGUUCAAAUCCAUGUGACAUUGCAUGUAGGCAUGCCAAAUGCACUUCAACCUGUGGAGACAUGUGCAACAAGAAAAAGUGCAAUGAUAUAUGUAGGAAGAAACUAAAAUGUCGUCACCCUUGCAUUGGACUUUGCGAUGCCCCGUGUCCAAGCGUAUGCAAAAAUGCAACCCAGAGGAAAUACCGAAAGGUCUGGACGUCUUUGGAACUGAAAUCUCCGGGAACACCAGGUUCAUUCAACUGGAAGACUGCUCUCACAUAUUUGACGUGAAAGGCAUGGAUGAAUAUAUGGAAGGACACUCAGGAGAAGAUGAGAAAACAGUUGUCCAACUUAAAACAUGCCCAAGCUGCCAGACCCCAAUUAGACGGAACCAGCGUUAUGUGAACAUUAUA